UUUCCUUGGGAACUUAAGAACUUUUCUGUGACAAUUUACAGACUAAAUGUUGCUAAAUCCAUAAUGUACAUAUGUUUAGUUGCAGCCCUAUUACUGACAUUGAGCUGAAUAUACAUAAAAUACUAUCCACUAGUUAUGCAUUUAAACAUGUCAACCUAUUGUUGUGGCUUUAAUUCUGAGGGAAAUCAACUCGGUGCUGCAUGAGGCCCUGGCGGCUAAGAGCCUUGGGAAACACAUUCAUGCACACACACACUUUUGUGGGAUUUUCCAUAUUUCUGGCUGAGCGUUGUGCAGGCGGUCAGCCCCCUUCCUGUGAGUGUGUUUCCAGGCACACGUUGUGUCAUGCAGAACUCCCUCAUUAAGAAUUUGUUCAACACUUAGACACAGACACACACACACUCAUACACAUCCAGCAGGCUCUCGUUGUCACUUGUUCGUAUUUCCUGGCUCCACAGCUGCUCUGGCUCUUUCCUGCCUUCUGUCUUUUUCUGCUCUCCUCGGUCCAUUCCAGUUCUCGCCUUUCCUCCCUGUGGUUGUGUGUGUGUUUGGGUGAGCAAUGUGUUGUUCGGUGGGUUUCGCCAGGUCUCUGGGUCUGGCCCUGCUGCCUCUGGCCCUCUGCUGUAUCCUGGCCAACCUGCUGCUGCUGUUUCCUAUGGGAGAAACCACCUACAUCCAAAACAACCAGUUGGCCAGCUACAUCUUGUAUUUUGGUGGACUAGGAGGUGGAGGACUGCUGAUGUUGGUUCCAGCUGUGGUCUUCAUCACUCUGGGGAAAUGCAACUGCUGCUGGAAUGACAGCUUAAUGAUGUGCGGGUCUGUACUGGCAGCCAUAAUCGGCCUGGUGGGGUCUGGCUACUGUUUUCUCAUAUCAGGGUUAGCCUUGUUUCAAGGCCCCCAGUGCUUCAACAAUAGAUGGUCAUACCCCUUUGAAGGCCAGGGGGGCAGGUAUUUGUUGCAGCCAGAGACAUGGUCACAGUGUCUUCAGCCGGUUCAUAUCAUAGAGUGGAAUGUGACUCUGCUGUGUAUUCUGCUGGGCUCAGCUGUACUGGAGUUUAUCAUCUGUCUCUUACAGCUGGGGAACGGUUUAAUCAAUGCUGUCUGCCGACCAUGCUGCUACAAGCAGGAGUACAGUCUUAAUGCUUAGUCAGACACACACCUGUAUGUAGACUCACCUGCACAGACAGACUGUAUAUCCAGGUGCACACAUAAAAAUUCACACAAGUAACAGUGCUAUGGGUAUGUGUAUGAGAACUGUGCAUACACUUAACACUUGCACUAUCAUGAACAUUGACAGCCAUGUCAACUACAUUCAUUUACAGUCUUUAUAUAUGCUAGGGUGGUAAAGGUGGUGAAAGGAGGCUCAGCAGACCAAGAUGUACACUUAAAAAGAAAGCACUAGAGCAUCCUUAAGUGUAAAAAUACUAUUAAAUGUAAGGCAGAGUAGAUUGCUCUGAAGUAAUGCAGUUGUCACACAACAGUGUGCUAAACAUCUUCACAAAGACACCAUAUUGUACUAUUAUAUAUGUUUUACUGUAUUUUUUAAAAUGUAGAAGAAGAAAAAAGUGUUUAUGCCCUACUGACAAGCUCAGUAAACCUGUGAAAUCCAAGAUUCUUAAUAUCAAGGUCACUCACUUUAUCAUUAUUUUAUGCUGUCUACUCUUUAUACUUCCAUAAACCCUAUAAACAACUACAUUACCAGUGUUUUCAAAUGAAAAUAAGAUUUUUGCAGCAACAUACUGGGAGUGGAAAGAGAUUCUGAGGACAUUUCACUGCCAUUGUUGAUGGUGUUCUUAUGGGCUGAAGAACAUUAUAAAAACAUUUUUUUUUAAAGGUGCCAUCUUGUCUGACAGUAUUAUCAAGAAGCACACCAACACGUCCUUUAUGUUCAGUAUUACUUUUGUGGCUCCAGAACUUGUACAUUGUGUUGGAUCACAUAUGAAUCACAUGCAAAAUGUUGUUUUUUUUUGUACAUUUGUUUUAAUUUUCAGAGUAUUUUGCAUUUUAUGUUUUUUAGAUGUUAGU